AUGAGCACCCUCGCCAAUCUGGCGCCACGUCGUCGUGGAAAGGGUAACAAGAAGGAAGAGAAAAAGGAAACUCAAGCUCCAGUUACUCCUUCGCUGCCUGCGAACCGAAGCGGUCCCGCCCAUACCUUCAGCUACCCUGAUCCAGGCGGCAGCAUGGAUCAAAAUGUCGACCGCUUGGCCAACGACUUGCUGGAGAGCACCAUAUAUCAUCAUCCAAACGGUUUGCGCAGUCAUCCAUCCGUUCUUCUCUGUGGAACUGAACCGAUGGGUAUCGCACCUAUGAUCUCUCCUUAUGUGCAACCCACGGCGCCCUCGACGUACCGAAUUGUCAACCUUCCAUCGGAGGAUUUUUCCGUUCAUUGCCAGUCUGACAUCCAAGUUGCGGGAAUCGACGAGGUUGCUCCGGCUAUCCCUGCAAAGUCCUCACGACGCCAAUGUGGUACGCAGGAGAAGAACGUCGAUGGCUUCGUCGACCCCGAGAAUCGUCCUGCGAUUCUCAACUUCCCGCAUUCCAAGACCACGAUGCUUGACCCCGGCAAUAGACAUCCUCUGUUCCUGCCUUCCUCUACAACGGUCCCACUCUCAUACGGCGGAUGCGAUGACGGGGAUGAUUUCUCACGGACUGCUGUCGCCGAGGCUCUUGCUGCCCGGGCCGCCGUCGAAGAGGCUGCUCGCAUUCAGGCUAUCAGCGGCCAGGUUUCUACCGAAGAGGAUAUUGACGCCGAGGAUAUUCCCGUCCAGAACGUUCUCGCCCAAGCUCUGGGUCCAGAGAAUGAUCCUAGAUCAGGCUUGAUCGACCCCGACUUGGUCGAUAUGAAGACCGAUGCAAUGCUGGCUGCGACUCAAAUCCUGAAGCCUCCCGGUUCGGAGAAACCCAAACUUCCUCCAUCAAAGACUUCCUUAUUUCGUCGCCACAAGGUUGUCUCCAAGGUUCGCCACGUAUUCGAAUCCAUCCUGCCUAAGCCUGCAACGCCAGAAUCGAAGAUCAGGGGUAAGAUCUCGGCGCCCAUUGGUUUGACCACGUGCGAUCUGCCCAACCCUGCGGCGCACUAUCACCUCGAGGAAAUCGAAGUCGAAGAGACAUCUAUCGUCAGCUCUAUCGAGCUUCGUCUCAACGAAUGCAACAACCUGCACAGCCACAAGGUUCAGAGCAUCGUCGGAGAUCGCAUCGUUCGCAAGGCCGUGGCUGAUGACGAAAGCUCGGUUUGCGGCAGCGAUUCACCGGAAGAUCCCUUCUCGGGAGAGUUUGAAGUCGCAAAUCGGCCUCCAACUCCUUUUGAGCAUCGCCUCAAGAGUAGCCUUGACUCUACUGGUGUCCCUCCGGUUCCGUUCCUGAACCCUUUCGAUAAUGAGAAGGACUUCGAUGCCGACCUCGAAGGAAUCUUGUCUGAGAAGCCCGUCUGUGCUUCAACCCCGCGUCGACCCGACCGGAAGGCAGCCUCCGGGGAAAGCCCCUCUAAGCGGUAUGUAAAGGCUGACGACCGUCAUCUUGCCUUGAACAACGAUACUGAGGGAGGCCCUAGUGCUCCCGGCCCUACCCCGAAAAAGUUGAGGCUGUCGGGCGGCUGGAGACUCUUCCGUGAUCAGCCUGAGCCUAGCACCAAGAAACACCCGUCGCCCAGCAAGCAGGACCUGGAAGUCCUCGAAGAUCGACUCCGCGAUAUGGUCAUUGAUAAAAUGGAGCAGGAGCCUGAACAGCGGCCAGAACUGGAGGCCAAGUGGGAAGGCGUCCUCGCACCGGCUGCCCUGGGCCGCAAGGAUGUGAACGCUGCGUUGAUGUCGAGCGAGGGCAAGCAGCCUGUCGCAAAGCCUACUGUCGUUAUCGGCGAGGCUAGCGCAGUCUCACUACGUCGAUACAAUCGCGAAGAGUUCACCCGUAUCACGACGGCUGGUUCCCGAAUCCCUCGUCCCUCUCCUCGGUAUACCUCGUACACUCGUCCUUCGAACUUCGAUGCGCUGGAUAUUGACGAGUUGCAGUAG